UCUAAUAGUAUUAGUGCAAUUCCUCAUACACAUUCCGAGCACAUGUGCGAAAUAAUUAUUUAUAACCAUUAAAUUUUUUUUAUUACAUCCUGUCAGUUAAAGCCAUUUUUUUAUUUUGUUGAAGAUCGUCCGAUUAACGAGUCUAUCCUCUUUCUCGUGGCUUGUAAUAACCGUGGCAACACUAUAAACAUUUUAAAACAGGAUAUGCGAAACUAAUAUAAUUCAAGGUUAUUCAUAAAGUAGCGCAAACAUUAUACACACUUCAGUUGAAAAGAUAAGCUGUGCGCUAAGAACGUGCAAGUCACUUCCAUUGACAUUUUUUUAAAAACGCGUGAUUUUAAUCAUUAUCUAGCAAUUUCCGCGUUACGCCAAGUUUCAUUGAGUCUCUGCACCUGUGCUAUUGGCAAGUGUUUCAGUUUUCGUGAGGCAUUUUUUAAAUCUAAUUGCAGAAAUGUCAAGCAGAAACUUUUACAGCACUGGAAAUAUCCUUCAGUAUAACGAGUUGAAAAAGAAAGCUGGUUUAAAUUCAAGAGAUGAGCUGUCAGAAGCUUUGAAAAUAAUCUUGAGUGAUUUCAAAAGCAAAGGUGACUCAACAGAAAUUCCCAAUGAUGCCAAUAUUAAUUCUGAAAAUUUAGAUAGAAAAGAGCUAAAAAUAGCUGUGAAAGUAUUGCUCAGCAAAUUAGAUCCAACAAACCUAAGAGAAGCAUUUGAUAGAGUUUUUGAGGUGCUCAAUACUGAAGUUAUAGAAUCCUUGGUAGUACAUUUGGAAAAAGAAGAAACUGGAGAUAAUAUAUUGCCCGUAUUACAAAAUUUGUGGAAAGUGUUGGAAGAAUAUCAUAAUAAUAAAAGGCUUGUCAGUAUUGGUGUUAGUGAUGUAGAUACAGAUAAAUUUAUACAAUUCUAUAACUGGGCAAAUAUAAAACCAAAUAUUAUUCAGAUUAAUCUUGCAACAUGCUGUGUCGUUCCUCCGGCUCUACAAGAAUUCACCAAACAAAAUGACAUACAAUUAUUGACACAUAGUGAUCCUGAUCCAAUAAUAACAAAAGAAUCCUUAACUGAAUUUUUUGGAGAGCAAACUGAAUUGAACUGGGUUGUACGCUACCAAGUACAUGUCAAAUGUAGAGGUGUAUUAUCAGCCAAAGGUUACUUAAUUCAUAUAAAUAGAAGUUCUUAAAAUUAAGCAACACAAAUAAUUUUUACUCAUAGUAUUAAAAAUAAUAUUCUUUGUUAUCUUGUACCAAGUACAACACUUUUGAAUCUGUUCAUAGUGUAUUAUAUUGGACAACUUAAGAUUUAGCUGUUAGAGUUUAUUUAAUUAUAUACGUUAAGACAAUUUUAAAUAUUAAAUUUGAAAUUUUUAUAUAAAUUAUGCACCUGAGUAAUAAAAUCUCGUAUUUCAAAGAAA